CUGAUCCCAGACACAAGUUCGUUAGUUACUAGCUAACGUCGUUAGCUACAAAAAGUAUAUAGCUAAUGAGUGAAAACUGAAAGUGUGGUUUCAGUCAGAGCCCACUGUUUCUGGCUAGAGUUUUGUUUUGCUUACUAGCCAAAUUCUUCAAAAAUAACCUUAGAUGAGAAAGUAAACUCGACUCUUCAUUGUCGAACUUUUGAAAGCGUGGACCUACUUGCGUACCGUAACGUUGGCUAACGUUAGCUGUUCGAAUGUAAACAUCCUUCCACUGUGCGGAUAUUGCGCAAAUGAGUUUAGGAUUUAAAGAAGUUUGCUCGUUAGCCGCUGUGUUUGUUUUGCUAGUUACUCUGCAGAAUGAAUUUAAAAUAAGUACUUGGAAGUAUCGACGUACUUCACCCUCUAAUUAAAAUGUACGUUAAAUAUUAGUCAGCAUUUGUCUAAUAGUACACUGUUUGAGGGUUGCAGUUCAAAUUAGCUGAUUUAGUUCACGCACGGUGCAUGGAUUGUAAUGUAGCCUAGCAAACGCACAGUUAAUCGCAAUGUUAAGUUUGCAAUUGAACGCAAUUUUUGUUAGUAAUACAGAAACAGGAGUACAGCUUUGUAUUGUACUAGCAUAUUAUGAGCUAUUUAAUAGCAGGUAGUGUAGAAUACUCUAAAGACAGUAUAUUUGCUUGCUAGACUAACUUACCUAUACACAUUCCGAAACAGUGGACCUGUCUACGCACGGACUCCAGGGCAGCCUUGCGGAAUCUUUUCUACAAAGAGGCACCAUGGGGCUUGUGUCCUUUCUGUUUUCUACCAUUGGGAAAUCGAUAGACAUUUUAUUCUUCAUGCUGGAUCUGCACUUCUGCAUUGUAAAUUCGCUGGUCCGUCUACUGGGGGUCCUAAUUAGCUUUCUUAAUAGCCUGCCCGCACUGCUGCUGAACUCUCUGGAGGAGUUAUGGAACUUGGUGCUGUUUUGCGUGUUCACCGCGAGCGAGGGCAUUACCACAGCGGCCCAAAGUGCGCUAGUCGGCUGGCACCAGCUCGUGGGCUGCACGUCAGAGAGCUUCAAGAUGGUGGGUCACCUGUCCUCCUAUAUACUGGUUCGUGCUAAGGACCUGCUGCACCGCUGGGUGCUGUCAGGGCACUGCUUUCUGCUACAGCUUUGGGAGGCCUGGGGCAUCACCCUUAGCCUGAGUCUGUACCUCCUCAACACCUUGGUGAACAUGCUGCUGAUUGGCAUGCAGAGCUGCUACAGUGCAGUGGUUUGGGUUUGUGUAGCGGUGUGUGGCUCUCUGCAGAAAGCUGUGGAGCUGACCCUCGCCCUGUUCACCAUCCUGUACAGCAGUGUGCUGAGCAUUACUGUCCUGCUGUGGACACCCUGCCAGUUUGCCCUGGAGUUCCUUUGGUCUCUUGCGCAUGUGUUCAUCAGCGUCUUCCUCCUGAACGCCUACGGCCUGGCACUGAGCGUGGGCGUUGUCCUCGCAGCCACGCUUUACCUGAAUGCCGACUUGCCGCGGCGCAGCGUCCGCCGCGUCCUCCGCUAUGUUAGCGGCAUACCUGCCCUGUGCCGCCUGCGCCGGGCCCUGUGCCGCCUGUACCCGCUGGCUCUGGAGCGCGCUCAGACUGUACUGGAAAUGGGCGUGUGGCUGCAGAGAGGAGUGCGGGCUGCCGAGGGCCAAAACCGGGGGGCCAGCGAUGGCACGAGGCCCCCAGCGCUGACCGUGCAGCAGGGACCAUCUGCGGGCGGCGGCACAGCUGGAGGGAGGAGCCAGCAGGAGGAGGCGGCUCCAGAGCUGCCUGGCAUUUCAGCGGGAGACUGCAGAGGUCAGCCUGUGGACAGCCUGCUGACCCUUCUCAAGGAGCAGGAGGACCUGAAGAAAUGCGUCAUCUGCCAGGACAGCAGAAAGACUGUGCUGCUGCUGCCCUGCCGCCACCUCUGCCUGUGCCGCAACUGCGCCAACCUCCUCCUUUCCCUGCCUGUCUACCGGCACAACUGCCCCCUGUGUCGCCACAUGAUCCUCCGGACCAUGGAUGUCUACCUCUGAGGACCAGUCGGCUGGAUGGGAGGAGCUACGCUGAGUCCAAGUCCACUGCAGCUCUGAUACUGAGCACAGCUAUGACGCUUUCACACUUUUGAAUGUGACUGAAUGUGCCUGCUUUUUCACAGGGCCAAAAGCUGAAACCAGUAGCAAACCUGAACCACAGGGCCUGUUCCCUAUGUAACACUAGCCUGUAUGUUUAGACUUCUGUUCACUUGUCAUUUUGGUUUGUGUGAUACUGUUGCAUCUGGUGCCAAAAUGUGUAAAGGUGGUGAAUAGGUUCACACAUUAGAACAGGACAUUUCUGGCUAAUCAACAAGCUAAUCCACCCCCACAGUGUCUCAUUAUGCGCAGCGUGGAAACUUGAUAAGCUUGUUCAUUCAACAUCUACGUUUUUGUUCUAAUCAAAUUUUUUUGGAUAAUCCAUCAGUAGGCAAUUCAAGAAAAGUUUCUCUUUUUUUUGAGAAGGGUAUUUAAUGUGUAGGCCAAUGAUUAGUACAAGCUUGUGUGUGUGUAUGCGCGCCUGUCCUGGAUACCUGCUGGGAUCCUGUUGGUUGUGUAACUACAUUUAAUUGAACUGAUUGCAGUGACCACAUAGCCAAAGAAUGUAUGUGUGCCAGUAUAAGGCAUUUUACCGUGCUGUUUAAAAUUGAAAUGAGUACAUAUGCAUAUACAUUUAAGAUUCCCUUUUGUGCCGAUUCUGUUUUUCAGCAAAACAUUGCUUAGUGUUGAUGCUGGUUGAAAUUCUAGCUGGUUUGGCUUUGUUCCCCUGCCUUUGAUCAAAUCAAAUGCCAGGACAAGUAUUGAUCUGUUUUUGGAAAACACCAUUAAGUUAUUAGGGCAUUGCAAUCCCUAUCUAUUAUGUGCCUUCUCCAAAAUGGUAUUGAGCCAGAGCUCUUUGAAGUCUAAAGUUGCAUUUUUACAGUAGGAAAUGGCUGUGUCGGGGCCAGUAAUUUGAUUGUGUCACAGUUAUGGGCUGAGAAUUCUGCUUAAGUGGAUAAGAAUGCAAAUGGUGUCUCUGGAUUCUGAUAAAGCCUUUUUUUGGCCCCAGUUCUAUAGCUGAAUGUUCUGGGAAACACAAAUCAUUUAUUUGCAUGCAUCAGGAGUGCUUCACACUCUUAGUUUGAGCCCCCAGCGUAAGAUCUGCUCAGUCACAUUGUCUUUUGCCCUGACUGUAGCUUUAGCAUGAGUUGCUAAUGUCUUUCUGUGUCUCUGCCAUUGUCUUUAUUAUAGUGACUCAAUCAGUGCUUCACCAGGUGUCAAUUUUGCAUGAUGGAGAUGAAGGAAAAUGCUAAUUGCAUAAACUUGCUGCCGUCAGUUUUCAACCAUGUCAUCUGUUGGAAAAAGCAUUACAUCUCCACAAAAUCAAUCUCACAGUGGAGGCUUAUCCAGUCAUUUUUUAAUGUAAACAAAAGCAAUAUAGAAAAUAAUAUUUAAAUGCAAUAUGUAAAUGUACUCUUAAAUAAGUAUAUUUGAGGAUUAUUCUCUGAACAUGCCAAACAUCGGCUGGUCAGUGUUCUUAUUUUUUGUAUCUUCAUUGUGUGCACAGCAGCGGUUCCUGUUUUUAUUUUAAAUAUACUUAUUUCAGAGAUAUGUAAUAAUAGAAACAGUAACUGUGUGAAAGUCAAUUUAGUAAUUAUUACCAGAAAUCUCACAGUGCUUCAAGUGCAUCUCACAUGGUCUAAUUGUUUAGAGCAAUUGGCCUAAUAUAAAAUUCAGUCCUGAGCUGAUCUUACCUUUGUUGGACCUUACCUUUUGUUUGGUUUUAACUUGGUCGUGAGCCAAGAUCAAACCUGUAAACCAUUAAACCACUGUCACUGUUGAUAAACCCCAUUAUAUUGUGCAGAUGGUACUCUGUAGAUAAGAACAUUUUUACUGUCUAAUAAUAAUGUUGGAUGGUUAGUAUUAUAAGACAUUCUGCUCUGCAUAUUUUAUGUGCUAGUCUUAAGUACGUGUUUGUGGCACAAUCCAAGUCGUAACCGCGUAAUAAUCCUAGUAAAUUUAUAUGGCAUACUCCGGGGAGAAAUCUUUAUUAUGUACCAAAUAAGGCUUCAGUACUUCUGUGGUAUCACUGUCAUGUUGGCUGUGCAUGGGUUACUGUCUGAACAGUUAUACAGAAAUAAGGUGUGUUUAUCAGUAAUUGUGCAUCAUGUUUUAUAUAAUGUCAUAAAAAACUGCAGGACCAAGCAUUUCUGGGUUGAUUGAUGAUAUUUCCGUUUUGCCAUUAUGCAGCCAUGGUGCGCAAGGAUAAUAUUAAUUGACAAAAAAUUUUUAAAAAUGUGUAUAAAUACAGAUCAUGCCAUUGGUAUUAUAUUUUCAUCUACUUGAGGGAUUUUGCUGAAUCAUUGUGACACUUCCAUCCACAUUCCAAAUUUGAAGAGGGAUAUUUUUUUUUAAAAGCAUGGAUUCUGAUUUUAUUUUUGUAUGUGCAACCUUUUUUAAACAAAAAUAUGAAAUUCCUAGCCCUGGAGUUUAUUUUUUUUUUUUUAAGUGCCAGUGAAUAUCAUAAAUUUGAAGCAAAUUUUUUUAUUUUUUAAAAAUGUUUUUAUAUCUUGGCAUACUGGUAAAUGGGAAUGAUUAUUGAGUGAAUCACUCAGCGUUUUGCAAAAAUUGAAUAAAUGACUACUUUCUAA